UCGCGUGUUUGCGGUUCCUCGCUCACCGGCUCAGAGCUAGCGCGCCUCGAAGGCCGUCCACACCACGCGGAAUCGCUGGGUGCCGGUGUCACCUUUCGAGCGGACAGUUCGCGUGGCAGAAGGCCGCGAUUGGAGUUGAGCAGUCAUGAGCGGCUACGUCGGCGAUCUCUCGGCCGCGCAGGAAGCCGCGCUUGACCGGUUCCGGAAAAGAGUGUCCGAUGUCACCAAGCCGGAACACACGGAUCACUUCCUACUCAGGUGGCUGCGAGCGCGGGAGUUCGAUGAAGUCAAGGCGGAACACAUGCUUCGUGAGAGCAUGGCCUGGAGGCAGAAAGUGGGCGCCGAUACCAUCCUGGCCGAUUACCAGCCCCACGAGCUCUUCUUGAAGCUCUUCCCAGGAGGCUUCUUGGAAUGCUCGCCAGAGGGACAUGCCUGUUACCUCCUGCCUAUUGGAAGCAUAGACAUUAAAGGCUUUCUGGAGUUGGUGUCGGCGGAUGACGUCAAGCGUCAUGCCCUGUAUUUACUCGAGGGUAUCAUGGAUCGUCUCAGGCGUGCUUCGAAGCAGAGGGACAAGGUGAUCGAGACGGUCUUCUUCAUCGCCGACUUUGAGAACUUCACGAUGCGCCAGAUCUACUCCUGGCAAGUCAUCACCUUGCUGACGGAUUUGCUCAAGGCAUACGAGGACAACUACCCGGAGAUCCUCGAAAAAGCUUACGUCAUCAACGCGCCACGCUUCUUCCCGCUGCUGUGGAAGUUCAUACGGCCAUUCCUAACUCAGCGCACGGUAGACAAGGUGGCCAUCUAUGGUACAGACGACUGGAAAAAUGGCCUGAUGGAACGAUUUGACCCAGACUUCGUGCCACAGCACUGGGGCGGGAACAUGGUGGGACCAGACGGAGACCCUCGAUGUCCUCACAUAAUCUGUCCGGGCGGUGAUGUUCCAGCCUCGGUCAGGGAAGAACUGGCCAAGCGAAGGUUAUCCCGGGAGGCGGGAGUCUCGGUGCAACGCAUCGAGCGUCGUUCGCGAUGGGAGUUGCCCAUGCGCGUGGCCCGGCCCGGCGAGCAGCUGUCUUGGAGCUUCCAGACGGCCACGGGGGACCUGUCUUUCGGCGUACGCUACGAGCCUCCUGGUAGCUCGGUCAGCGAGUACCUGAUUGAGCAACAGAGGUUGCCAUCGUGCUGCCUGGUGCCCGAGCGCGGUUGCCUCGUGUGCGAGAAACCCGGGACAUACAUUCUGGAGUUCGACAACUCUUACAGUUGGAUCAACAGCAAGACCUUGGCUUACUUCGUCAAUCUCCUACCUCCGGGAGACGAGAAAGAAAGCGGUUCGGCGUUGACUUAACCGCUAGGACGACAUACUGAGUCACCUCUUCGAACACGGCGUCCAUGGCCGAUUGACCGAAACACUAUGCGGCUCUGGAGUCUCCAGGCCACACCAGAGAUGCAAGACGUAGCCACACUACAGAGAACUGAUGUGUGCAAACCACCUCGCAACAUGUGUUUUACGGUUAUUUCGACUGUCCUGCACUUCUGGCGUAUACAGAGCGACAUUUACUUGUACUUGACUGGUGCCUGACAUAAAAUCAGCCACAGUUA